UAUGUUCAAAGCAGCUUGUUUGAUCCUCUCUGUUGCAGUUGUCAAUGCCACCAGCAAUGACAAUCUGAUAUCAGUUGUACAGAUUUUUAGACAUGGGCAGAGAACACCAGCAAAAUUUUAUACCACGGACCCUUAUAAAGAUAUUGAUACCUAUUGGAGAGGAUUAGACUUUGCCCAACUGACAAACGAAGGUAAACGUCAACAUUACGCACUAGGCCAAUUCUCAAGAAAGAGAUAUGCAGGCUGGUUACCAGAAGUCUACAACAAAAGAGACAUAUAUGUCCAAACUACGGACGUCGAUAGAACUCACAUGUCAGCGCAAGCUAAUUUAAAUGGACUAUAUCCUCCAAAGAGUAGCGGGGUGUGGCGCAAAAACGUAAACUGGCAGCCUAUACCUAUACAUCCAGGUGACCCAAGAGUGCUUUUCACAUUUAGAUAUGGUUGUCCUCUAUAUAACAAAUUACUAGUUCAAGCUGACUCAAGCGAAGAAUUUAAAAAUCUCAAUAAAUUAUACGAGAGCAUGUUCAAGUAUAUUUCCGAAUAUACCAAUUCAUCUAUUACGAAUCUAUCAGAAGCAUAUUAUCUGUACGAUGCUUUACAUAUUGAGGAACAAAUGGGAUAUCCUCUUCCAUCGUGGACACAUGCUGUUUACCCAGAACCAAUAAGAACACUAGCAUUAACGCUUUUUGAAAAGUUUGUAUAUGAUGACCAAAUGAAGAAAUUGUUUACUGGGACACUUCUGAACGACAUCAUUGAACACUUUGAAGCAAUAAUAGCAGAUCCAACUUCUACACCAAAAUAUCAAAUGAUGAGUGGUCAUGACAGUAAUAUAUAUUCCAUCCUAAAAAGUGUAGGACAAACACCAACGAAACCAGUACCGUUCGCAGUAUCCCUUUGGUUUGAGUUAAGGAGAGUUAAUUUCAUUCAUGUUGUUCAAUUAUGGAUGAGGAGCAACGAUAAACUGACUCAGCUUAGUAUUAAAGGAUGCGAGUUGAAUUGUCCUUUGACGAAAGUAAAAACGCUAUUAAGUGAUGUUCUGAUAGAUUUGGAGAGUGCUGAAGCACUUUGUGUUAAGGUAUAAAUAUAUUUUUUAAAAUAGG